AUGUCAGAAUUCUUAGGAGCUCGCAUUUCGCUCAUUUCAAAGAGCGAUAUUCGAUACGUUGGCAUUCUCCACGAGAUCAAUUCGAGCGAUUCCACCGUCUCCCUCGAAAAUGUCAGGUCCUUCGGCACAGAAGGUCGCAAGGGCGACGUCUCCGAGGAGGUAGCGCCGUCAGAUCAAGUCUACGAAUACAUCGUCUUCCGCGGGAGUGAUGUGAAGGAUCUACGGAUCGAAGAGGGUCCUGGUUCAGUCAAGGAGAACAAGCCUCCUGCUGUUCCUAAUGACCCUGCAAUUCUUGGAGGUGCCAACCAAGACGCAAGACCACCACCGAUUGGCCCCGGUGCAGACAAGCAGAAGGGCCCGGCUGAGAUGCCCUCCGAACCCAAGGUUCUAGGUCACGCUCCGAUCCAGCAGGCUAGCACCAGCGCUCCAACUCCACCAGUCCAAUCAAAGCCGACUGUCGAGGAGGUGAAGGCUACGGCGGCAUCACUGGAGACAAAUGGCAAGCCAGGUGCGCAGUCAAGCAAAUCAGUUCCUACUGGUCCCAGAGGCACACGAAUUACACCUGCCGUGCCAUUGCCUGCAGCACUCACCGCCAAGGUCACUCAACAAGCUCUCACUAGCAUUACCAAGCAGGCCGAAGGAAAUCCGGCAGCUUCUGCAGCAGCUCUGCGCGAUGCUACUCAGGCUGCUAGGGCUGCUGUUGCCGUUGCUAUGGCCAAUUUGAACGGUCCAGGUGGUGCAGCGCCAGCUGGUGCUCAGCAGAAUGGAAAUGCUAUGGACAAUUUGACAAACAAGGUCAACGAGAUGAGAGUCAAUGCGGCACGUUCAGGUGCGCCGAGCAACCGUGGCCGUGGUCGUGGUGGAAGACAGGCGAAGAUUGACGUUCCCGAUGCUGACUUUGAUUUUGCAUCAUCGAACGCCAAGUUCAACAAGGAUGACUUGGUGAAAGAGGCAAUCGCCGGUUCCCCUGCACCUGAAACCCCGAACGAGUCUGCUAGUGAUGUUCCUGAGGCGCCCACUGGCAACCCACCUCAAGCGUACAACAAGACUAGGUCUUUCUUCGACAAUAUUUCAAGUGAGGCCAAGGAGCGCGCCGAUAAUAAUGGCCAAAAGCCUGGCGGCCGAGAGUGGCGUGGUGAAGAGCAGCGCAAGAACAUGGAGACCUUUGGACAAGGCAGUGUCGAUGGUGGCUUCCGGGGCUAUCGGGGUCGUGGUCGCGGACGAGGCGGUAUGCGUGGCCGUGGCUAUGGUCAAGGUCGCGGACGAGGUGGAUAUCGCGGCCCAAGAACUGAUGCCCCGCAAACCACUGCGCAGCAGUAA